CCCAAAAAAAUAAAUAAAAUGAAUUAUAACUAGUGGGAUUUGGUGAACCUACACUCAGCUAAGAUGGUAACUGCUGAAUAGAGAACAAAUAAAAAAAAAUUAAAUGAAACAGAAUAAAUCUGUCACACUUACGUCGCCUGCCCCCACCGAAUUGCACUUUUUGGUUAUUUCUUAUAAUUUUGUAUUUUGGAGAAAUAAUGUUAGAAGGUCAAAUACUUCUCACUUUCAAUCUAAUGGUUCAAUAAAAAUUACAAAUAAUGUAAUCCACAAUCAUAUGGAUCUGACGGAUUCCAACCCCAAAUGUAUGAAAUAUAUUUGGUAUACAAAUUAAAAAACGAUUACGUACUGUUUUGAUAAUAAGGCCAUGUGGGGGGAAAAAAACUUGUCGAGCCACUUCCGUGUUUAUUUGCGCGACGGACCAAUGGGGGACCUCGCUGGGCCCUCCGCCUCGGGAACAUCCAAUGGCGCGCGAAAGGGGCGGGGUGACCUUGCCAAAGUGCCAGAAAAGUGGAAAACAGCGCCCCCUGCCCUCAAAAAUCGGUCGAACCAGUUCACGCCGAUUCGGACGUGAUCGUCCGCCAGGGGCCCCCCCGAGGGGGCGUGCGUGUCCACGCGUGGGUCGGACGUGAACGUCAAGCGGGUUGCGGUAGAGUUCGGUAAAUCAGGAGCUUUGACCUCAUGGCGCAGAGACGCGAGGCGAAACCCACGCGGCCCGCAAACGCUCCCCAAAACACGAACGUUUCUCCUCCGUGUUCACAAUUUUAAGAGUUAAUCGUCGCCGGGAGUCGCAAGACGAAGGACGUUUGCUGGGGCGUGGCCUCGUGAGUGACAUCAGCCGCCGCAGUCAGCUCGGCCCGUUCAACCCGUGUGAGCGUCUGGACCAGGUGCGUCAUGGCGGGCGACAUGAUGAUGCUGAUGCGAGGCUUGGCUAAGCUGAGCAAGGCCGUGGUAGAGACCCACGGCAGCGGCCUACGCGGCGGGACGGGAGGCCUUCCCGGCGUCAGCGCCGCUGUCCAGAACUUCCAAUCGGCCGCCGAGCAAGGCAUCGCCAUGGUGGUGACGAAAGCACAGGAGCUGAGUCAGCAACAGGGCUCCCCCGAGUCCGAGUUUCCUCAAGACGAGUUUUCCACGUCCGAGUUCAGAGAGUACGACGACUUUGUGGCCAAUCACCAGGGGAGCGCCAACGUAGACGCGGGCGCGUCCAAUCGGAGCGCGGCGGGCGGGACGAAGAACUCGCCGUUCGCCGGCUACAAGGACCCUUCGCGGGAGUUCAGCAGCAGGCGGUACCACACCGACGCCCGCCGCCAGCGCCCGAUGACGGGCGGAGGCGUGCGGUUCGAGGCCUGCGCCUGGCGCGGCUACCACCAGGAGCCGUCGUCGUCUGUGGGCGGGCUGACGGCCGAAGACCUGGAGAAGGCCCGGCAGAGCAAGAGGCCCGAAGUCAAGCCGCACAAACAGAUGCUGAGCGAGAGAGCCCGCGAGAGAAAAGUGCCCGUGACGCGCCUGAGCAGACUCGCCAACUUCGGAGGUCUGGCGGUCGGCUUGGGUAUCGGCGCCUUGGCGGAGGUCGCCAAGAAGACCAUCAGACAUAACGACGCGACAGGAGAAAAUAAAAAGGCCGUGCUGGACUCGAGUCCCUUCUUGUCGGAGGCCAACGCCGAACGCAUCGUGAGGACUUUGUGCAAAGUGCGAGGGGCUGCGCUCAAGCUGGGCCAGAUGCUCAGUAUUCAAGACGACGCGUUCAUCAAUCCGCAGCUGGCCAAGAUAUUCGAGCGCGUGCGGCAGAGCGCCGACUUCAUGCCCAUCAAGCAGAUGACGAAAGCGCUCAACAGCGACCUGGGCCCCAACUGGAGAGACAAGCUGGAGUCCUUCGAGGAGCGGCCCUUCGCCGCCGCCUCCAUCGGGCAGGUCCACUUGGCCAGGCUCAAGGACGGCAGGGAGGUGGCCAUGAAAAUCCAGUAUCCCGGUGUGGCCCAAAGCAUCAACAGCGACGUCAACAAUUUGAUGACCGUGCUGAGCAUGAGCAACGCGCUGCCCGAAGGUCUGUUUCCCGAGCACCUGAUAGACGUGAUGAGGAGAGAGCUGGCGCUGGAGUGCGACUACGUCAGAGAGGCUCAGUGUGCCAAGAAGUUUCGGGAGCUUCUGAAGGAUCACCCGUUCUUCUACGUCCCGGAGGUGAUCGAGGAGCUGAGCAGCCGCCACGUUCUCACCACGGAGCUGGUCCCCGGCUUCCCCCUGGACCAGGCCGAGGGCCUCCCGCAGGAGCUCAAGAACACGAUCUGCGAGAACAUCCUGAAGCUCUGUCUCAGAGAGCUGUUUGAGUUCCGCUUCAUGCAGACGGACCCAAACUGGUCCAACUUCCUGUACGAUCCACAGACGCACAAGGUGGCGCUACUGGACUUUGGCGCCACCAGAGGAUUCGACCAAAGUUUCACAGACGUCUAUAUCGAAGUGAUCCGCUCGGCCGCUGAGGGCGACAGAGAAGGAGUUCUGAAGAAAUCCAUUGAGAUGAAGUUUCUUACCGGUUAUGAGUCCAAGGCUAUGGAGAACGCGCACGUGGACGCGGUGAUGAUCCUCGGCGAGGCCUUUGCGUCGCCGGACACCUUUGACUUCGGCGCGCAGUCGACCACGGAGCGCAUCCACAACCUGAUCCCGGUGAUGCUGCGCCACCGCCUGACGCCGCCGCCCGAGGAGACGUACUCGCUGCACCGCAAGAUGGGCGGCUCGUUCCUCAUCUGCUCGCGUCUGGACGCCAAGCUGCGCUGCAAGGACAUGUUCCAGGAGACCUACCGGGGCUACUGGGAGGGCCGCACGCCGCCUGUUUGACGCACCAGUCAAUAGAAUGAUUGGGAGGAAAAAAAAUCGACUCGUAAUGUCUGAAUGCGCACGAGGGUUGUUUUGGAGGCCAAAGCUAUGGACGAAAAGUACUCAAAUGACUGUUUAACACGGUUGGUGUCUUUUUUUUUUUUUUUUUUUACCUUUACCAGGCGAUCAGGGUCAAAGGGGCUCAUCUGGAUGAUUAUAAAGAUGAUGAUGAUGAUGAUGUAGUCAGUCAGUUGCCGUGGACCAGGACCAUACAGUCGUGAGCAAAAGUUCGGUUUUCACAAAGUUUUUUUCCGCUUCAGUGUUGUUAGAUUUUUUUGUUAGACGUUGCUAUGAUACGCUGAAGUAUAAUUACAAGGAUAUCACAUGUCAAAGGCUUUUAUUGACAUGAAACGUAUGCAAAGAGUCAAUAUUUGCAGUGUUGACCCUUCUUUUUCCAAGUCCGCUGCAAUUCGCCCUGGCAUGCUGUUAAUUAAUUAGCAAUUUGUGUCAUUGUCAAAACUUUUGGCCACGCCUAUAAGUGUCUUCUUCGAGGCCCUCCUUGUUUCUGCUUUCAGAUUAAGACCAUCGUAGGAAGAAAAUAAAUAAAAAGAGGAGUACAUUGAAGACUGGAAUAAUUUACAUUCACGUAGUUGGGUAAACCUAAUUUUUGUCCUUGCUUCCGUUGAUUGCAUUUUAGUUUAUUUGGGAGACUUUUGUUUUUGCCGGUCAGUUUUUACGAAGCUCAGGGUGAUUUUACUGCGUUACCGUUAACAAUAAAUGAGCAGUAUCUUUUGCGUCUGCUUGAUUGUUGUAAGCUUUUUUUUUUUUUUUUUUGGUCCAUAUAUGUGGAUUACACUUGAUUAAAAUAAAAAUGUGCUUGCUGUGAG